UCAACUAGUCAUCAAAGUAACUUGAGAAGAAGGGGGGAACUUUCACCAUUGUAUGCCGUUAUAAUUGGAUAAAAAGUCUGUCAAUCCUUGAGUGUCCGCUUAAAAAACGCAUAUUUUAGACUAACAAAACAAAUGCCCAGCGCCUUUAAGUACGGGGUUCUCCUAUUUUAUGGUUAACAUAUGUCUAUAAAGCCUUUUCUUUGUCGGUCACUUUGCACGACCAUUGCGGGGCGUAUUCUACAAACAUUUUGACGUCUUGUGGCGAGAACCAUGAAGUAUUGAAGAACGGACGGGCGUGGAGUCAGAAUUAAGUACGACGAUUUCUAUUUCUCAUCUGGCAGACGGGUCCCAUUGUCCUUAAGUGGGGGUCCCCCCCUCCCUUAUCAUCCUCUCCCCAGCUGUCACCCCCCCCCCCACACACACACACACACACACACACACACAUCAAUUUUACCCUUGCAUGCCUUGCAACAACCCCCAAACCUCCUAAUACACAUCGAGCCCCAAUGGCAGAUCCAUCAAUACCAUCGCAACCUGGUGGCCAGACCAGUAAGAUUAUCCAGUUUAAACUGGUGCUACUUGGGGACUCUGCUGUGGGAAAGUCCAGUCUGCUGGUACGGUUUGUCAAAGAUCAGUUUCAGGACUUCCAGGAGAGCACAAUUGGAGCUGCCUUUGUGACCCAGAUGGUGAGUGUGGAUGGUGUCAUGGUCAAGUUUGAGAUCUGGGACACAGCAGGUCAGGAGCGCUACCACAGCCUGGCACCCAUGUACUACAGGGCUGCCCAUGCAGCCAUAGUUGUCUAUGACAUCACCAACACAGAGACAUUUGACAGAGCAAAAAGGUGGGUGACUGAACUCCAAGACCAAGCUAGCCCAAGCAUAGUGAUUGCCUUAGCUGGCAACAAGGCAGACAAAUCUGCCAACAGAGCUGUGGAAUACGAGGAGGCUCAGGUCUAUGCUGCAGAUAACAAACUAGUCUUUAUGGAAACUUCUGCUAAGACUGCCAUGAACAUCAGUAAUCUAUUCCUGGCCAUAGCCAAGACACUGCCAAAGAAUGAUCUGACGGGUGGCAUAGGGGCUGGUGCUGGUUGUCGGAGACCAAGAGGACAAGGAGAUGGAGUCAACCUCAGCCAGUCGACUCAGACCAGCAAGGCCAAGUGCUGUGGAAACUAAGAGAUAGAGUAGACAAGGACUAGACCAAGCACUGCAAAAUAAGCCAUUUCUUAGGAGCAGGUGGGAACAUGACAGGUGUGAAAGGUUUUGAGAAUUAGAAAAAAAUGAUUUACAAUAGGAAUUCAAUAGGGGUAUCUUAAGUUCCUCAAAAAGAAAGGGAAAUUGCUAUGAUAAAGUCAUUUUUUAAAAAUAGAUAAGCCUAUCCAAUCACACAGCAUUCCAACAGGAAGAGGUACAAAGGAAUUAAAAGAUAUAAGGCUAAAUGUGUGUUGGCAUUAGAUUGUCCAUUUUCCUCUCAGGUGAUUUUACAUAAAUAUUUUAAGGGCGACUGUGUCAGCGGUGUGGAGGUUUCUGACAAGGACAAUUCCAGGAGGGGCAAUGGUGCCGAAUAAAAAGUAUAAUAUGAAUACAUUUAUACAAACAAAUUGUAUU